UUGUAUACCAAAUAAAUAGAUGAACGUAUUCAGACGAAAUAUGUCUAACCUAAAUAUUUCUGAAGAGAAAAUAAUAUAAAUGAUAUUAAGAAUUAAGACUAUUAUAAGGUUAACUGGAAAAAAAGAUAAAGAUGAAUGUGAUUCGUAUAAUGCGUAAGUUGAAUCAAAUUUCCAAACGUUUCGUAAAUACCGAAGCAAAAUGUCGGGACAGACCACAAUGGAUAAAACCAAUGGGACAUCCGACUGAAGUAUCUGUAUACAAUCCGAUAACGAAAUGCAAAGUACCACUGAUCCUGAAAACACGAAAUAUUUUGAAAUGGUACAUCUGCGGACCUACAGUAUAUGACUCAGCACACAUUGGACAUGCAACGACUUAUAUAAAAUCCGAUAUUAUUCGUCGAAUUUUGUCAGAUUAUUUUAAUAUAGAUGUAUUAUUAGUUAUGGGUAUAACUGAUAUUGAUGAUAAAAUAAUAAGACGCUCCAUUGAAAGUGGACAAAAUUUUGAGACUUUAGUAAGGCAUUUUGAGACUGAAUUUUUUGCAGAUAUGAAUAAAUUAAAUAUCCGUGAACCAUACUUACAUUGUAGAGUAACAGAUUAUAUACCACAAAUCAUUCAGUUUAUUGAGAGGCUUAUAGCCAAGGAUGAUGGUUACAUUGCAUCAGAUGGAUCUGUUUAUUUUAAUACCAGCAAGUACAAUAAAUAUGGUAAAUUAUCAACUCUUGUGCUUAAUACUGUAAAUGAUCAGAAUUUUAUUGGUAAAAAAUCAGCAUUAGACUUUGCACUGUGGAAAGCAGCAAAAGAAAACGAACCAUCGUGGAAAUCUCCAUGGGGCUAUGGUAGACCAGGAUGGCAUAUAGAAUGCAGCGCAAUUGCAAGCACAGUCUUUGGAAAUUCUAUAGAUAUACACAGUGGUGGAAUAGAUUUAGCUUUCCCACACCAUGAAAAUGAAGAGGCACAAUCUUGUUGUUAUCACGAUAUUGAUCAAUGGGUUAAUUACUGGCUUCACUGUGGCCAUUUAUGUUUGAAAGGGGAUGUAAAGAUGUCAAAGAGUCUAAAGAACACCAUAAGCAUACAAGAUUAUCUCAAAAACUAUUCGGCAAAUAAUCUUAGAAUGCUUUGUCUUUUGUCUCAUUAUCGAAAUGGUAUUGAAUUUUCAGAUGAAGUUAUGCAAACUGCAGUGUCAGUAACCAAGAAACUUGAUAAUUUCAUAAAUGACUGUGAUAAUUAUGUUGCUGGAAAAUUUAAAACCGGUGAAAUUGAUGAAAAUCUUUUAUAUACAACUUUACAUGACACAAGAAGUAAGGUUUACUCGGCAUUGACAGACGAUUUUGAUACUUCAAAAGCAAUGCAUGCAAUUAUAAAUCUUGUUGGAAUAGGAAACAAGAUGCUUCACCAGGACAAUGUAACGUCUCGCAGUAAUAAUGUAAGCGUGGUUGCCGCAGUUUCGAAUUAUCUUUCGAAUACUCUCUCAAAGUUUGGCAUUUCACGAUCUACAAAAUCAACAGUAGAAAAUAAACAAAUUGAAGAUAUUAUUAAUCAUUUUCUGAACUUUAGGACGAUUGUCAGAAUCAAAGCACUUGAGCAAAAUCCAAAAAAUACAAUUUUAUUAAAAGAAUGCGACAACGUACGAAAAUGUUUAUCUACUUGUGGGAUUACAGUAAAGGAUCAGCAAAAUGAUACCAGCUGGAGUUGGAAACAAUAAUCAUAUUUUUAAAUAAAAAUGU